UCUCGCAUUACGGUACAUGCAGGACGGCCCGAUCAUGUCCGGCAUAAGUGACUUCUAUCGUGACAAGGUGGUGUUCGUAACCGGUGGCACCGGGUUCAUCGGGAAGAUCGUGGUGGAAAAGCUGCUUCGAACGUGCGAAGUGAAGGAAGUGAUUUUGAUGGUGCGCGAGAAAAAGAACACGCUGCCCGAGCAGCGCAUCAAGACGCUGUGCGCAUCGCCGAUAUUUGAGCGACUGGCCAAAAAGAAUCCCAACUACCAGGAGCGGAUCCGCGUGAUCGAGGGCGAUCUCGAGAAGCCCAACUUUGACCUGUGCCCCGAGAGCAUGGACUACCUGAAGGAGCACACACACGUCAUCCUGCACAUUGCGGCCACGGUAAAGUUCGACGAGGAAAUGAUCAAGGCGAUCACGAUCAAUCUGGCCGGCACGCGCACCGCGCUAGAGAUUGGCCGGCAGUCCAAAAAUCUACAGAGUUUCGUGUACGUUUCAACGGCAUACUCGAACAGCUACGACGAACACAUUCAGGAGCGCGUCUACCCGAUCGACUGCAAUCCGGAGAAGAUCCUGGCCAAUCUCGACGACGAGAAGUUGAUACAGGACGUGAUCCAGUACUCGCUCAAGUGGCCCAACACGUACACCUUCACCAAGGCGAUGGCCGAAGCCCUGGCGCUCGAGUACCGGCAGCACUUCCCGGUCGCCAUCCUGCGUCCGUCCUGCGUCAUGGCCAGCCUGAACGAACCGCUCCCCGGCUGGUGCGACUCGAUCUACGGCUCGAACGGCACCUUCAUCGGCUGGUACUACGGGCUGAUACGCACCAGCCACAUCGAUCCGGAGGUGACGAUCGACACCGUGCCGGUCGACUACGUAUCGAACGCGAUCAUUGCCGUCGGUUGGAAAACAUACAUGGAGAGAGCGCAAGAGCCGGAAGUGCUGGUGUACAACUGUGUUAGCUCCACGGACAACCCUCUAACGUUUGAUGAACGACGACGCGAGUGUGAGAAGGCCUGCAAGAAGCAUCCCCUACUGACCGGCAUCUACAAACCGAUCACCUUCGCCUCGAGCAACGAGAUCAUGUUCCGGCUGUACUCGCUGGUGCUGCACUAUCUGCCCGCCUACAUCAUGGACAUGGCCUUGAGGUUUCGGGGUGAAAAGCCCCGUCUAGUCGAUACGUACGUCAAGAUCGAUAAGGUCGUUGCCUCGGUGAGGAAGUUCUCCAACACCACGUACCUUUUCGACAAUCAAAACAUGAAGGAUCUGUACCUGGCCAUGAGUCCGGUCGACCACCAGCAGUAUCCGUGCGACAACCGAAGCUACAGCUGGCGUCUGUACUUCGAGGUUGCCGUGCCCGGGCUGAAGAAAUACUUCUUCAAGGAGGACCUCAACAAUGUCAAGCGAGCCCGCCAGGCGAUGCGCAAGAAGGAGCUGAUCGUUAACACUACGCUGUUUCUAAUCGUCGGCCUGAUGCUGCUCCAGCUCUACUACCUACUGCGCUAGGUAACGCACGCGCGUAUGCAACGGUUCGGUCCAAGUAGGCCGGUUUUGGACGAUCGAUGCAAAUGACGUUCCGUGGUAUUCCUCCCCCUCCCAAGAGAAAAUGUCCAUCUCCAAAAACCCACAGGUGCAUAGAUCAUACCGCCGUGAUGCGUUCGGGUCCAUCGCCUGCUUCAGGGCCAACUGCUUGUGGUGCAAAGGCCCACACAUAUACACACAUACACACACGAACGCCACACAUGGUUGAUCGAUCCAUCGUGGAUCAUGCAUUGGGGGCAGGGAUGGUCGGACGCAUAUCAUCAGGCAGAGUUGUGAAGUGAAUCGGACAAUAAAACAUAAUGGGAUGCGUUAGGUUUUCGUAAAUAAGGUUUUAGGGCCUAGGGAAUGCCGACAGGCAGCCUGCCUGUUGGGUGGCGCUUUAGAGGUAGUGUGCUAGGUUAGACAUUUCUGUAUUUGUUUUUGGUAACCGUUUCGUCCGACCCUGUGGUUUCGACACAUUCUAACGAUCGAUGCGGUGGGUCGUUUUCUUUGAUUUGUUUUCUGAGUAUUUCUAUUUUAACAAGCACCAACUAUUCCCGAAAUUCAACGAAUGGCGGCGCGGCGAUAGCGCUAUGAUGGCUGCAGCCUCGAACGCACCAGUCACCUUUGUUUGCGGGUCUAACGAAGCAUCAGUAUCCUUUGAUUUUAACCUACCACUAUUUUUGAGGUGCUACGAUUUUGAACAGAUAUUUAUUAAUACGAUUUCAGCGUGCCGAGCACUUGUAUAGCUCAAGGAAUAAUAAAGUAGAGCCUAGUGUAAGCGUGA